UUUAAUUGUUUUUUUCUUCAAUGGAUUACAAUUACUUUUACAAUUGAAAAGUUUAAUCAUUUCAGGUGCUGUCAGUUUACUUUGAAUGAUUUUUGUUGCGAAAAAUUUGGAUACAAAUUGUGAGAUAAAUACAAUUCAAUCUCUGAUGAUGUAAUUCUAAUUUAAUUUGGCUCCUUUCUAGGAUUAUCCAUAUUCUUGGUUGAUGUUUAAAACUCUAAUUAACAUCUGACAUCGUUUAAUUUUCUCUUCCAUCUUUCUGGUUCAGUGUGUUGGUAACAUCUUUUGCUAUCUCUGUCUUCUUUUCUUCAUCUCUCUCUCUCUCUCUCCUUUUUUCUUUCUAUUUGGAAGAGACUAUUUUUUUCUCUCUCUUCUGUCUAUCGUGCGUGUCUUUUCUCUACCUGCCUACCACCUUCCUCAAUCAUGGCAAAGAUCAGAGAUUCGGUUGACGAAUUGGUUUCCCAUGUAUCAUGUUACAAUUCGCGUCCCCUUCUUUUCCAUUUGUACCUGGCCCCUUUUCUGUGUAUCUAUGUUUUUCUCAUCAAUCUUUGGUUUGUUAAAUAUUCUACAACUGAAUCUCAAGAGAUUUGGUUCAUUUGGGUGGCUGUUGCAGUUAUCUUACAAAUACUUACUUACCUUUUCUGCCAUUGGUCAGUAGAUGUAAAUUGUUUCCUUGCCUUUAGUAAGGUUUCCCAUCCAUCUUUAGGAGAAUUUGCUAAAGUUGUACCAACACCUAAUAAUGGAUCAACUGAAUUGGUGCGAUUAUGUCGAUCUAAAAUAUCGGAUGAUAAUAGUGAAAUUUUAUGGUUUCGAUUUCAAAAGACUAAAUAUAUUUACAAUGAGAAAGAUGGACAGUUUGAGGUUCUCAAAUUUCCAGUUAAUUUAAAUCUAUCCUUUUACCUGGAAUGGAAAGGGCACCAAGAAGAGAAUGAACUUUCCCUUGCUGAGAAACAUUAUGGUAAAAAUGAUUUGGAAAUGGUUGUACCUGAAUUUAUGGAACUUUUUAAAGAACGAGCAACAGCACCUUUCUUUGUUUUCCAAGUUUUCUGUGUUGCUCUUUGGUGUUUAGAUGAAUUCUGGUAUUAUUCUCUAUUCACUCUAUUCAUGUUAAUAGCAUUUGAAUGUGUUCUUGUUCAACAACAAUUGAGAAAUCUUUCCGAAAUUCGUAAAAUGGGAAACAAACCUUAUCCAAUUCAAGUUUACCGUAAUCGUAGAUGGAGAUCAAUUCCAAGUGAUGAACUUGUACCUGGUGAUAUAAUCUCUGUAAAUAGAUCUCAAAAUGAUAAUCUUGUUCCUUGUGAUCUUUUAUUACUUCGAGGUUCAUGUAUUGUCGAUGAAUCUAUGUUAACCGGUGAAUCUGUUCCCCAAAUGAAGGAACCAAUUGAAAAUGUUAAUGAACUUGAUCGACCUCUUGAUGUUGACGCUGAUGGAAGACUUCAUAUCCUCUAUGGAGGUACCAAAGUUGUUCAAAAUACUCCACCCGUUAAAUCAACCACCGGUAUUAAAGCUUCUGAUGGAGGUUGUACUGCCUACGUUUUGCGAACUAGUUUCAAUACAUCCCAAGGAAAAUUACUUCGAACUAUUUUGUUUGGUGUUAAACGAGUUACUGCCAACAAUUUAGAAACAUUUGCAUUCAUCUUAUUCCUAUUGGUGUUUGCAAUUGCGGCAGCAAGUUACGUUUGGAUUAAAGGAACUGAAGAUCCAAAAAGAAAUCGUUAUAAACUUUUCCUCGAGUGUACACUCAUUUUAACUUCAGUCGUUCCUCCAGAGCUUCCAAUUGAAUUAUCUCUUGCUGUAAAUACUUCCCUUUUAUCUCUAUCAAAGCUAUUUAUUUUUUGUACUGAACCUUUUCGCAUUCCCUUUGCCGGUAAAGUUGAAAUUUGCUGCUUUGAUAAAACUGGUACUUUAACCAGUGACGAUCUUGUAGUUGAAGGAAUCACCGGAAUCAAGGGUCAAGAAAAACCAUCGACGAGUAUUAUUCCUGUUACCGAUGCUCCUCCCGAGACUAUUCAAGUUUUAGCCGCUUGUCAUUCCCUGGUUCAAUUAGAUGAUGGUUUAGUAGGUGAUCCUUUAGAAAAGUCAAUUCUUUCCGCAAUCGAUUGGACACUUACCAAAGGCGAAGCUGUAAUACCCAAAAAGGGUAAACAUCCGGCUGUUAAGAUUUUCCAUCGAUUCCAUUUCUCAUCUAGUCUAAAGAGAAUGUCAGUUAUCGCUGGUUACACACCAACUGGAUCCCAAGGAACUACUUAUUUAGGUUUAACGAAAGGAGCACCCGAAGUACUUCGUAACAUGUUUACCAAAGUUCCUGAAAAUUAUGAUGAAAUUUACAUCUCCAUGUCUAAAAAAGGAGCUCGUAUAUUAUCAUUGGGCCGAAAAGAGAUGGGAAAUUUAUCUCAUCAAGAAUUACGAGAUAUUACUCGUGAUGAUAUUGAGAAAAAUUUAGAAUUUGUUGGCUUCAUUGUGAUUUCAUGUCCACUCAAAAAAGAUUCCAAAGUUGUGAUAAAAGAGAUCAUUGAUUCAAGUCAUUAUGUCAUGAUGAUUACUGGAGAUGGACCUUUAACUGCUUGUCAUGUUGCCAGGGAACUUAACUUCUGUAGAAAUGAUGACACUUUGAUUUUAACAUCUUCUCAAACAAAGAAUGAAACCCAAUGGAAAUGGAAAGGUAUCUACGAUGAAUCUGAACACGAGUGUAUACCAAAUAUGAAAAGAGAGUUUUAUCAAAAUUAUGAUCUUUGCCUUACCGGUGAUGGAAUGAAUUAUUUACUCGAGAAUCAUAAUAAAUUUUUCUACUCAAUACUUCCUCAUAUUGUUGUUUGGGCUCGAGUUGCACCUAAACAAAAGGAAUUUGUUAUAACAUCAUUGAAAAGUUUAGGAUACACAACAUUAAUGUGCGGUGACGGAACUAAUGAUGUUGGUGCUUUAAAACACGCUGAAGUUGGUGUUGCAUUACUCACUCAUGCUCCUCUUACACCGAAUGAUUUUAAACCCCGGAAACCCAUUGAUGCAGCAGCUAUUGGUUCAAAUCUAUUCCCAUCUUCUGAUUUAAACUCUCCUGGUAAUCGUAAUAGAUUAACUCGUCGUGGUGAACCAACAAGGGAUAGAUCAAGUUUAUUAGGUUCUAGUCAACGAGCCCAACCACCGGCUACUCGAGCUGAAAGAUAUGCUGAGAUGCAGCGGAAUCUUCAGAAAAUGUUACAAGAAAUGGAUGAACAAGAAAAGGCUUCAAUUGUCAAAUUGGGUGAUGCAAGUAUUGCCGCUCCAUUCACAUCAAAAUUAUCUUCCAUUCAAUGUGUUUGUCACAUUAUUAAACAAGGACGAUGUACCCUUGUUACCACACUUCAAAUGUUCAAAAUUUUGGCUUUGAACGCACUUAUUUUGGCCUACAGUCACAGCGUCCUUUACUUAGAUGGAAUUAAAUUUAGCGAUGGUCAAGCAACACUACAAGGUUUCCUUUUGGCUGGUUGCUUUCUUUUUAUAUCUCGUUCAAAGCCACUAACGGUACUUUCAAAGACUAGACCAUUAGCCAAUAUUUUCAAUAUUUACACCAUAUCAACAGUCAUGUUACAAUUUGCUAUUCACUUUUGUACCCUAAUUUAUCUGGUUCGAGAAGCAAACGCCCGUACACCUCCCAAAAGCGAUGAAUUUGCCAACUUGGAAUCAGAAUUUCAACCAUCUCUUUUAAAUAGUACAGUUUAUAUAAUUUCAGUUGCACUUCAAGUGUCAACUUUUGCUGUCAAUUAUAAGGGUCAUCCAUUUAUGGAAAGUUUGAGACAAAACAAACCCUUAAUGUAUAGCAUUUUUGGCUCUAUCAUUGCGGUCAUCGCUUUAGUUACCGGCUAUUUCCCUGACUUAGCCCAACAAUUUGCUAUUGUUGAAUUCCCACAAGAAUUCCAAGUGGUCGUAUUAACCGUAUUAGGAGCCGAUUUAACUUUAGCUUUUGCUAUUGAUAGAACAUGUGAAUUUCUAUUUGGAAAAGGAAGAUUAAGAAAGAUAUAGACCCUGGUAAAUUUCGGAUAUUAAACAAUUAGAUAAAAAAAAAGUCUAUUUAAUUAACUAUUUAAAUAUCUUGUAACAAUCUAUUUAUACCUGUUGUUUGUACCUUUGAUGUUGUCAAAUAAUCCGUCACAAUCUUGAGGUGUCACUAAGAAACCAUUUAUAUAGAUACAUGUACUUGUCAAUUUGAUUUCUUUUUCUUUGACAAUUUCAACUGAAUCUCAAACUUUCUUCACCACAAUCAAUUGAACAAACUGAAGUUAUCGUUUUUAUGAUUCAGCCAAAAUUGAAAAGGAAAAGGAAAUACAAAAAAAAGUCACCAAAUUAUCCUUCCCUCCCUCCACCUGAUCGUUAAUCAUUAAUUAAGCGGAAUCAUUUGUUUUUACAAUUCAAUGGGAAAUCCCUGUGAUCUGAUGUGUUUAAAUCCUCUCCUCAAUGGUGAUUAACAAAAGUCUUGACCGAUUUGAUGUCCAGUUAUCACUUCUCAAAAUUUUGCCUCUAAUCUGGAGAUAAAUUAAAUCAAACAAUCAAUUAACCAUCAAAUCUCAAUUUAAAAGUUUCAACCAAUAUAUUACAUUGGAAGCAGCAAACAAUACAAACUUGGCCUUUCAGCAAGUUUAAACUAAAUCCAAUCAUUCAAAUCAACUUUUGGUCAUUAUCAGCCUAACAAAAUUGUUGACAAUUACAGUCAACAAUUAAUUAUGAUCAAUUUUUGACUUUUAAUUGUUUCUUUUUUACCAAAAAAAAGCAAAAUUUAUAUUAUAAGUUUUUGUUUUAUCUUGA